GCCUUUAAGCCCUCGGGUAAUAUCUGCAUUGGUGAAGGAAAUUCAUUUCCUUCCUUAUCUUUCACUCUGUCUCUACAACAGACUCGCAGCCUCUGCAAGCCCGUAA